UGUGCUUCAAACGUUCAAAAAUCUUUUGCCUUAUUCCAUACGAUCUUACUAAUUACCUCAUUCAUGGCCGCCAUGGCUUCUUCCGUCGACAUCACUAUGCAUCAACACUCUUUGUCUUCGUUGAAUUCUCACUUCUUUCUCGUUGAUUACUCGUUUGUUUCCUUCCUCUCUUCUUAUAUAUAUAUAAACAAAAAAAAUCUCACUUCGGUUCUUAAUUAUAUAUGUGCUGCAACCAAAAAUCUUGUGAAUAUACAUUUCAAGGAUUAAUUGUCAGUAAAUCAGCUCAAAGAUGGAUCGAAGUUACAACAACUAUAAUAACUCAAUGGGAAAAUCUCAAAUUGUAGAUGUAAGCAGCAAGGUGAUGUUGGCAUCGAUUAUUAUUCUGUUUUUGAUCAUAGUACUAGUUAUAGUUCUUCAUUUCUAUGCUAAAUGGUACUGGAGACGGCGAAUCGGCAACCAAAACGGUGGUACGCUGCGUCGUCGUUUCGUAUUUACACCAAGUCAAGAUCAGAAUGUCACAUUCCGGCAAGGGCUUGCGGCUUCGGUUGUGACAGCACUCCCUAUUGUUACAUUCAGUUCUACUGAAUUCAAAGAUGGACUUGAAUGUGCAGUGUGUCUUUCUGAGGUUGAAGAAGGCGAAAAAGCUCGGGUUCUGCCAAAAUGCAAUCACGGGUUUCAUGUUGAUUGUAUUGAUAUGUGGUUUCAGUCACAUUCUACUUGUCCUCUCUGUAGAAAUCCUGUUUCGGUGGAAUCAGCAUCACCAUCUCCGGUAGAUUCAAGUGAUAUAGAAUCUCAGUCAUCACCGGUAAAUUCCGGGAACAACAACAACAAUGGGUUGUUGUCAGUUGAAGCAAAUCCGAGUUAUCCAACUAAUGUCAUGUUUUGGGGGAACCAAACUCGUGUGAGCACCAGAGAUUCCGGCGAAGAAGAAACUUCAUCGUCGUCUGAUUCCUCUUCACCUAGUUUAAGACCGGAUAGACCGUUGGUUAUCGACAUACCCGACAGACUAAGUCAUGGUUUUUCAUUCUCAUCACCACCUACUACUCCCUCUUCAGCAGGAAGGAGAGUUUCCGAGAAUGAUAUGAAGUCGCCGGUAAGCUCAAGGUUUAAGUCAUUAUGUAAACUGUUGAGCAGGGAGAAGAGAGUUGUCCCGAGUAGUCCUAGUGUUGAUAUUGAACAAGGAGAAGUAGUAGGGAGCUCAAAAAUGUCUUCUCCGGCCGGUUAUGCGAUUGGUACUAGUACUACCACCGGUAAGGAACGGUCGCCGUCCCCGGAGGAGAUGAACAACAACUUCUGAGAGAUAUGAUUGCAUCAAAAUUUCUUUCAUUUUUUUUAAAAAUCUACUGAGGUGAAGUGAAAAGAAUUCCACCCACUUAUAAAUUCAUCAAUUCAAAUUUUCGUGUUUAUAUUAGGAACUUCAUAGUUCGCAAUACUGUAAAAGUGAUUAUUACGUUUCUCAUUGGCCGGAACCUUAAAAAAUAAAAAUUGUAUAAAAAGAUUUAGCUGCA